CCCGGCGGGGAGCGUCUCCCUGCAGGUCUCCAAGGUUAAGGAAUCCCGACCCACUGGAAUUCCCGGAGGCAGAGAGCCGACCCUGGAGCCUUCUGUUGCUUUAAGCGGCGCGGUGGGGGAGUAGUUGGACACUCCUUGUUUUGGUUUUACAUUAAAAAGAGGGAGGCUGGAGGCCAAGUUGUAGGUUACCUUUUCGCGGAGUCGGUGGCCAACUGGGCUGCGAAUGGUGUUUAUUUCCCAAGUGGGCGACUCCAAAUACCUAACGAAGGUCUUCUCCACAUCCGUGCCCACAGAUCCAGAUUCUCAUCAAUCUCAAGUCCAGGGAGCAGAGGUAUUAGCAGGACGCCGAGCCCCAGCUCACCCCACGGACCAGCGGUUCCUCGACUCCCUGCGGAGACCGGGAUUUGCCUCAAGAGGAACUCCCAACAUUGAACUGAGAACUCUCAAGUGAGCUGCCUGAAUUUCCCAGUAUUCUCGGGCUCUCCAUCCUGCAAAGGCUCAGACAUCAAAUUGUUGAGUUUGGGUGUCCGCGAGCCCUGGAUGCCUUUGACAUUAUGACCGCAGAGGACGCCGCAGCAGCCAUGAGCGACUCGGCCGCCGUGUCCCCGGCCAAGGUGCCCGAGGGCGUGGCGGGUGCGCCCAACGAGGCGGCGCUGCUGGCGCUGAUGGAGCGCACGGGCUACAGCAUGGUGCAGGAGAACGGGCAGCGCAAGUACGGCGGCCCGCCGCCCGGCUGGGACGGGCCGCACCCGCAGCGCGGCUGCGAGGUCUUCGUGGGCAAGAUCCCGCGCGACGUGUACGAGGACGAGCUGGUGCCCGUGUUCGAGACCGUGGGCCGCAUCUACGAGCUGCGCCUCAUGAUGGACUUCGACGGCAAGAACCGCGGCUACGCCUUCGUCAUGUACUGCCACAAGCACGAAGCCAAGCGCGCCGUGCGCGAGCUCAACAACUACGAGAUCCGCCCGGGCCGCCUGCUCGGCGUGUGCUGCAGCGUGGACAACUGCCGGCUCUUCAUCGGCGGCAUCCCCAAGAUGAAGAAGCGCGAGGAGAUCCUGGAGGAGAUCGCCAAGGUCACCGAGGGCGUGCUCGACGUGAUCGUCUACGCCAGCGCGGCGGACAAGAUGAAGAACCGCGGCUUCGCCUUCGUGGAGUACGAGAGCCACCGCGCUGCGGCCAUGGCGCGCCGCAAGCUCAUGCCGGGCCGCAUCCAGCUCUGGGGCCACCAGAUCGCCGUGGACUGGGCCGAGCCCGAGAUCGACGUGGACGAGGACGUGAUGGAGACGGUGAAGAUCCUUUACGUGCGGAACCUGAUGAUCGAGACCACCGAGGACACCAUCAAGAAGAGCUUCGGCCAAUUCAACCCGGGCUGCGUGGAGCGCGUCAAGAAGAUCCGCGACUACGCCUUCGUGCACUUCACCAGCCGCGAGGACGCCGUGCACGCCAUGAACAACCUCAAUGGCACCGAGCUGGAGGGCUCUUGCCUGGAGGUGACGCUGGCCAAGCCCGUGGACAAGGAGCAAUACUCCCGCUACCAGAAGGCAGCCAAGGGCGGCGGCGGAGGCGGCGUGGCCGAGGCAGGGGUGCAGCCCCCCAGCUACGUGUACUCCUGCGAUCCCUACGCGCUGGCCUACUACGGCUACCCUUACAACGCGCUCAUCGGGCCCAACAGGGAGUACUUCGUGAAAGCAGGCAGCAUAAGAGGCCGAGGGCGAGGUGCAGCUGGCAACAGAGCCCCAGGGCCCAGGGGUUCUUACCUCGGGGGAUAUUCUGCUGGCCGUGGUAUCUAUAGCCGAUAUCAUGAAGGGAAAGGAAAGCAGCAAGAAAAAGGAUAUGAGCUCGUACCAAAUUUGGAGCUCUCUGCCGUCAAUCCCGUUGCCAUUAAGCCUGGUGCAGUGGCCAUCCCUGCCAUCGGAGCCCAGUAUUCGAUGUUCCAGGCCGCUCCUGCGCCAAAAAUGAUGGAGGAUGGCAAAAUCCAUACCAUGGAGCACAUGAUCAGCCCAAUCGCCGUGCAGCCCGACCCAGCGGCUGCCGCCGCUGCUGCUGCUGCCGCCGCCGCUGCCGCUGUCAUUCCUACUGUGUCAACGCCACCACCUUUCCAGGGCCGCCCCAUAACUCCAGUGUACACGGUGGCCCCAAACGUCCAGAGAAUUCCCACGGCCGGGAUCUACGGUGCCAGUUAUGUCCCAUUUGCUGCUGCCCCGGCCACAGCCACCAUCGCCACACUACAGAAGAACGCGGCGGCCACCGCGGCCGUCUACGGAGGCUACGCGGGCUACAUACCUCAGGCUUUUCCCGCUGCUGCGAUUCAGGUUCCCAUUCACGACGUCUACCAGACAUACUGAGCCUGGUGCCCAGGGCGAGGACAAGCCACCACUGAAGGAAUGCUUUACUAUUUAUGAAGAAAGAUAGAAGAGCCUGCUGGAUCAGCACGCCGCCGAAACCUGCUGAAAGUGAAGAAUGUGAUCAGAUGUCCUACUGAGAUAGAUGUUUUAUAUACAUGAAGUUUUUGCUUUUUUCUUUUUGGUUUUUGUUUUUAAAGACCGUUUGAAAAGUAGCAGGCCUGUGUUCAUACAUUUCUAAGAGACUUGCGUGGUUUGUGCCUUAAAUACCAUCUCUUUAAAAAAAAAGUUUGUAGACUGUAGUAGGUUUAUAUAGAAGUUUGCUAUUGUUUCGAGGAUAUAUUUUCAGUAUGAAGGUUAUUUUCUUAAACUUCUGCACUCCAGAGAUUUCUAUUUUGUAGUACCUUGGAUAAUAUAUCAACUUUAUAUGAAAAAGCACACUUGAGGAGCUAGGGAACUACUCUUGCGAAAUACAUUCCAUAUUUAAAGAUGUAAACCAAUAGUGCUUUAAAACAACUACAUAGAGAGUUAUUUUAAAAGUUAUACUGGAAAGUGCAAUUUUGAAAAGGAGUCUGAAACUGCAUUUCUGCUGGCAUUAAGGGUGGAUGGGGGUAACCACUGGGCACUGGUUGUUCACAGUGGUUCUUUUUGUUUUAAAAAACGUCAACACUCAAUCUCUCCUUACGUCAAGAUGGGAAGAAAAAGACUUGUCAGAUCCUCUGAGUUCAAACACUGGAAGACCCUUGCCUGCCACCACUCCCCUGGGCCCCCUGCUGUUUGUCCUUGCAGCUUGUCCUCCGUCACCCCUUGAGCCAACUCUGAUGUUUGACAAGCCUAGGAAGGUUGAAAUAGUCUGAUAACAGAAAAAAAGCGAUGACUUUGAUACUUAUUCCUGGGGUUUUGGUUGGGGUGUUGCGGGUUUUUGUUUCAUUUUGUUUCGGGUUUUUGUUUCAUUGUGUUUUUCGGUUAGCGAGGAAUUCUCUGCUACGUGUGCUGCUGUCAAUAGCAGCGUGCGUGUAAGCACAGGGCUUGACUAGCUGCCACCUGACGACUCUGCUAAGCUAUUUCAUGGUCUGAUAGGAGGAGACUUUGCCUAUAUGUUGUUUCUAAAAUAUGAGUUGUAGGGACAGUGAAUGUAUGUUGUAUUCAAGAUCUCCCCCCAGAAAAAAGACUUGUUGGCAGAACCAGAACGUUGGGCUGAUAGUUGCCUAAGCAGUUAUGUCUCUGGGCCUUCCUGCUGCUGGCAACAUUAUGUCUCUCUGAGCCGGGCUGGUCUCUGUUGAUGUGCACCUGACAGGUGUGCCGCCCAAAGGGAGGAGGUGAAGGGUCGUUUGUAAAUACCUUUCCCAUGCUGCAUUUUUUGUUUUUCUGUUAAGGGCGUUCAAAGCCUGUAGUUCAACACAAAUAUCAUGAAACCAUUUUCUUUGCUGUCUUUUUUUUUUAAAGAUUAAAAAAAAGCUUUGUUUUAUUAGGAAGUCAAUGUGCAGCAGUGUGUCGAAGCCUGUUUUAGAGGCUUGUGUUCAGCGACGUGAACGUAAAAUACAGUAACACGUUAAAAGUGGCCAUCUACUUUCAGAAACGCAACCUCUUUUUGUUUAUUUUAAAGGCUCUGUCAAGGAAAUGAGUUGUGCAGUAGGCAGUGACUACAACUGUGUUUGAUGUCUGAGAUCACCCGUCUUUUUGUUUUGGGAGGGCUGAUGGCUGCAAUUCUUAUUUGUGGAUCACUAAGAGGGUCAUGCCCUUAGCCAAUAUUUUAGUUUUGUUUUACAAUUUAAAUUAAGAGAUACCCAAAUGUCUUACCACUCCCACCCCGCCCGCCCAUCUUGGGGUGGGAUAAAUUUUUAUAUAUAUAUAUAUAAGUAUAUAUAUAAGCAAUAUUUAUGUAACUGUUUUAUAAGAUGUAUUGAGUGCCUUUAAACAUUCCUUGCCCUCAUUCUUCAACGUAAAGCAAUCACGUGCUAUGUCUCCAGGCGCUGCCUCUACGCUCAGCUGAGUUGGAAUGAGUCACCCAACAGAAUGCAUGCAGACCCGCCCUCCCAGGGGGCUGACCACAGACACGAGAGCCCAGCCCGCUCUGCUUACUGUAUUUUACAUGUGCUUGUCAACUCUUUGCCAAAAAAAAAAGGAGAAAUAGGUGGGGGUGGGGGGUGACUCAGAAGUAACAUGGCAUCUACCUUAGAGACAAACGAUGUCGGGGACAUAGCCAGUUACGUGUCGAUCGGUGAGCCUCCCACUUGGUUCUGCCUGCUCCUAUUGAUUCAGGACCAUUUCACAUACACACUACGGAGGUAAGUUCAUAACUUGAAAUGUGAACCUUUGUUUUUUUUUAGGGUUAAGAACAAACUUUAAAUCAAGACAAGUUGUCGUGUUCUGUUUUCCAACAAGCUCAUAGUUCUUAUCUUUUACAUGCUUUGUGUUGGAAGAGCUUUUACGUUCAUUUUGGCCUUGCCUCCAUCUACAGCGCAUUCUUAGGAUGUAGUCAAUAAAGCAUUCUUUAAAGCAUU